AUGACAUCAAUUUCACCAUCUACCAGAAACAUGUUUGUUGCGCUCCAGCAAACAAACAAGCGUUUCUGCAAUGCACAUUGUGUAUGCUACACCAACAACAUCAUUGAUGGUCAAUACACACAAGUAUUGUUGAUGUACACUUUGAGUUCCAAGGCUGUAUUUUUUGUAGCGGGAAAGUCGUUGGAAAGCUGCACAUUGAAUUGA